GAAAACAACUAAUAAUGCAUAAAAACAUUUUUGUGAUAAAUUAUAGAAUAUAUAAAAAAAUAUGUAAAAUUUAACACAUGAUUUUGAAACUAACCAAAUAAUACAAAUACAGUAAAAGCUGAAAGUGUUACAAAGCAUAAAAAGAUAAAAAAAAUACAUGAAACUUCAUAAAAGUGGAAAAUAACAAAAAGGCGUACAAAAUCAACACAAAAUAUCUCAAUUUGUAUUAUUAUUCUUAUAGUUUUUCAAAUAAAUUACACAUAAUUUGAUAAUAUACCUAGAUAAUUUUAUUAAAAACCAAAAAAAUAAAGCAAAAACACAACAUAUUUAAUAACAAAAGGCAUCGUAAAUUAUUGACAAACCAAAGAAGACCGAAUUCAGAAAAUGCUUAUAAUUGCUUUAUACGAUCUCAGGAAAUUUAUCAAAAAUUUUACAGUAUUUUAAACAUGAUAUGGUGAAGAAAUUAAAAAAAAAACAGUUUUAUUGUUGAAUAAAUGUUGAAUAAAACUACAAAAAUUUUCAAUUUUGUCAAAAACAUUUCACAACCUGAUAUUAAAUGUGAAACACAAGGAGGUGCCAUAGCGGUAACAAAACAGGCAAACGAUCAUUUAACGGAUCACCACAAUAAUAACUUUUCCAAUUUAGUGAUGACGACAUACACACAAUAUGGUAUACUAGUCAGAAAUGAUCAAUUUGAGGACGUAGCGGAUGUAGCAGCUGCGUCUUUAUCAAUAAUUCAACCCAUACAUGAUAUAGCUGAUAAUGAUGGUAUUGAUGAAGACCCUAACGAAGUUCACCAUAAUGAGGAUAUGUGUAUCAAAUCCUCAGAUUGUCAAAGCUUAGUUAUGCAUUCCAUAGACGAUGUUUUGAUACAAGAAGAUAUGGGCAUACAUGCUGAUCAUCAAUUAACCAAUCAUGUAUAUUUGAAUGCGUCGUCACCUUUUCAUCCGGAUAUGUUUAUACCGUCUCAAACAUCUAUACCCUUGAACUCAUCUGCAGCUACUCUAAUAAAUUCAUCCAGCAACAAAAAACGAAAAAAAAAUCAAAGUAUUUCUUCGUUUGCUGUAAAUAAUUUAUCGUCUAAUCAAAGUGUGAAUAUAUUAAAUAGCGAUCUCCAAGGUUAUUCUAAUUUAAAGCCCAGUUCUAGUGAGACAUUAUCUUCAGAUAUAAACACUUCAAGAAUACCGCCAACAGUUCAAAGCAACCAAAAAUUUCAGCCGUUAACAUCGAAACCAAAUUUUUUCCAGUCAACAACUACACCGUUAAAUAAAUGUGUCUCCUCCAGUCAUGAUGGUCGAGGAGGCGAAGCAGUAAUGGAGGAGACUAUGAAACCUAGGCGUUGGGAGCAGAAGCAAGUACAAAUCAAAACAUUGGAGGGAGAAUUCAGUGUGACUAUGUGGGCAUCUGGAAUAUCCGAUGAUGAAGAAGAGCAAGAUGAUGCAUUAACUAUUAAUCCUGAAAAUUCCGAUUGUCAGCAGAAUGAUCAGCAGGAUAUAAACCAGCAAUAUCAAAAAUUUUCCAAUCGUUGUGCAAACACCAAUGUAAUUACAACUACAAGUACGUCACCAGCCACCUCAUUACCCGCCAAUUUACUUGAUACUGCAUGUAAUUUGCAACCAGAAAUAUUACAGCAGCAUAUAUUGAUGCAACAACAGCAACAUCAACUUAUAAUAGAGGAUGCAGCCUCAACUGUAAAAAAUGGUUUGACUAUUUCUUACAAUUUACCAGGAGAUGUAAACUUAAAUCAAAUCAAUGAUAGCAAAAAACCACAAAAUAUUUGCUCACGAUCCAAUCCCUACACAGACAAAUCAAAAAGGAUAACAGAAUCCACCAACAAUACACAUCAAAUAAAUUCUUCCAAUAUUCUCCAGCAGCCCACGAUAACCACCAAUACGUUAAUAACAACAAACUCUCCGCAUUCUACGCCAGAUAUUGUUAAUCCUACUACCUUAUUGUCUAAUAUUAAUGAAACUAGUAAUUCAACAUUAACAAGUAUAACAUCCGAUGAGGACGCUUCCUCUAACCAUGUUCAAAUAAACACCUUCAAUGGAAAUAACACUACGGCGAAUACUUUACAAAUGACUGGAUCACAAAAUGGGCGCCUCUUACCUAUGGGUGUAGUUUUGCAAAACAUAAAUAAUGAGCAACCAAAAAAUACAACUUUAACAACGCCUCCUCCAUUAAGCUAUAACUCACACGAUACCUUAUCGAGCAACACUGCCGCAACGAAUGUGAUUCCAGUAGGACCAGACAAAAAAAUCGCCUGCCCUCACAAGGGCUGCAAUAAACUAUUUCGUGAUAUGUCCGCUAUGCGUAAACACUUGCACACACAUGGUCCUCGUGUCCAUGUAUGUUCCGAAUGUGGGAAAGCAUUUGUAGAAAGUUCAAAGUUAAAACGACAUCAAUUGGUGCACACGGGAGAAAAACCAUUUCAAUGUACCUUUGAGGGAUGUGGUAAACGUUUUUCAUUAGAUUUUAAUUUAAGAACUCAUGUUCGUAUACAUACUGGUGAUAGACCCUACGUUUGCCCUUUUGAUGGUUGUAAUAAGAAAUUUGCACAAUCUACAAAUCUAAAGUCUCACAUUCUUACACAUGCCAAAUCUAAGCGAAGUACAUCAUCGAUGGCUGUACGUAGUGGAAGCAAUACAAGUAAUAAUGAUUCUAACAGUCCUCCCGUACAACUUUCGUCAACCAAUAAUUUUAUAAAAAUGGAAAUGAACGAAAUGGACUCAAAUUCAUCAUAUGUUGUAUACACUGAGUAAUAGGAUUUAUAUCAAGGUCUAACAAACAAAGAUAUAUUUAAUUUAUUAUUGAAUUUUAAGUUAAAUUAGCAGCUGUAACAUAUUUGUUUUGAAUUAUUGGUAAAUAAGUUAGUUACAUAACAAAUUAAGUGUUUUCAUAAAUGGUUAAAUCAUUAACCAAAUUGUAUAAAUUCUGGAUAAACUACUAGUUAAGAAAAAGAAAUUGUAGAAUACAAAUACAAAAGUAUGAAAUUGGGGUUGUAAUCCAAAUAUAAAUAAAAACAGAUCAUGUACCUUUUUAUAAUAAAUAAUAACCUCCAUUAAAUGCCGAUUUCAUACUGUCUGUAAUAAUCUUGUAAAUAAUAAUGUCUUUAAAAAUUUGAAUUUACUUUCCAUUUUAAUAAUAAGUAAUAUUAUACAUACAUUAUUCUUUCAAACUUUUGGUAAUUUUAAAACUGAAUUUGCCACUGUAAUUAUACAAUAUUCAUUUAAUAUACCCUUAGGUUACUACAUAAAAAAUCUAGUAUAAGUUGUAUUUAACUCUGAAUUAUAUUUUUUAUUUACUUAAUAUUUUUCUAUCCAUCACCAUAUAGAAAUUAUAAUACUCGUAUCGUGAAAUUACUUACUAUAACUACUUUUCUAAAAUGAAAUUUUGAACUAUGCAACUGCAAUUAAAUGAUGUAUUUAAUAAACGUUUUAAUUUCGCCUAAGAAGUGGUAUGUAAUCGAUAAAA